AUGGCCAGCGCAGGUCAGCGCGAGUCCGUCUUCCCCACGCGCAUGGCGCUCGGAAACACCAAGCUGCGCCUCAAGGGCGCACAGACGGGACACUCGCUCCUCAAGCGCAAGGCAGACGCCCUCUCCAAGCGCUUCCGCACCAUCACCGCAAAGAUUGACGAGGCAAAGCGCAAGAUGGGCAAGGUCAUGCAGGCCGCCUCCUUCAGCCUCGCAGAGGUCCAGUACGCCACCGGCGACAUCGGCUAUAUUGUCCAGGAGAGCGUAAAGAGCGCGAGCUUCCGCGUCAGGACAAAGCAAGAGAACGUCAGCGGUGUCGUCCUCCCUGCCUUUGAGGCAGACGUCAAGGACAAGGGCGGCGCGGCAGAAUUCUCCCUCACCGGCCUCUCGAGGGGCGGUCAGCAGGUCGCAAAGGCCCGCGAAACUUACACAAAGGCACUCCAGGUCCUCGUCGAGCUCGCAAGCCUCCAGACCGCGUUCGUCAUCCUCGACGAAGUCAUCCGAAUGACCAACAGGCGAGUCAACGCCAUCGAGCACGUCAUCAUGCCCCGCCUCGAAAACACCAUCUCGUACAUCAUCUCGGAGCUCGACGAGAUGGACCGCGAGGAAUUCUUCCGCCUGAAAAAGGUGCAGGCCAAGAAGAAGGAGAAGGCCGAGGCGGCCGAUCGCGAGCGUCGCGACCGACAGGGGGCAGACGACGCGGAAGGCGGCGAGGCGGCGAACAAGAGCGGCGACGGCGACGGUACAGAAGACGGCCAGAGAUCGCAGGACCUCUUGAGCGGCGGCAAGGACGAGGAUGUCAUCUUCUGA